UACCUUGUUAUGUCAUGAAAUUGAAGUGUCCCAAAGUGAGGAGAGUGUAGUUCUAUUAGCAUUACAUUGGGGAUUUGUGAACAAUGUUUCUUAGAUCAAAGGGAUUUGUAUGCCCAGCAUACAUAAAUAUAUCAAAGAGACUUUUAUCCAACGAAGUCAGAGAAGUGCUUAAUGCACGUUUGGAGCCGCCAACUGGCACCAAUGGAAAUCAACUGCAACUUGCUGUUGUUACCAAGAAUUUAAAUGCACUUAACCUCGAUUUGUUCGUAAAUAGUCUUAGCAAUUAUGAGGACAGAAGAUCCGCCGUUCUAGAUUUGUUAGCAAAUUUACGAUCAACGAAAUUGGCCAAUACUUGUUUGGAAUCUACACAUUUUGCAGCCGUAAGACAUUUAUUGGAAAAUUCUAGUGUACAAGAAUUAGUACCCAUUCUUUUGGACCGUCCUCAGUAUGGAAUAUUUUUAAACAACUUUACCGGUUUUGCGGUUACCCAGACAUUGCACGAUGAAAAGGAAUACAUUUUGGGUUUGCCUUUGGCCUUGAAGUUAGUGUUAUUGGAUGAAUUGGAUAGUGUAUUCGUACAGGCAUUUUGUUUGAAAUCCUCAAUGGAAACUUUAAAAAAAGAACUUUCGAACGAACAGGCUAGCGAAGAGAACGCUCCCAGCCCACCCAAGGGCAAGGUACAAGAGAAAAAAGUUCGUGUACAUUUUUUGCGCAAUACUGAAGAGGUGGAUCAACAUAAGGAGAUUGGCAAGGCCAUAUUAAAAGUUGCUUCUAAAGUUUUGGAGGGCAACACACAAGAUAAUGCUAGAAUCUUAGGUUUAGUGCUAACAGCAAACUAUGCUGAAUUAGAUAAAACCUUACGUUCGAAAACAAUCGAAAUAAAUACGGAUAUAGCUGAUAUCUGCAAACAACUUCUAUCGACAGCUGGUCAAGCAGAAUAUGUCAAUAAAAUUGAACAACUGCAGUCUCAAAAGAAGUUUGAAGAUUUAAUUGAUGGACUUUUGAAAGAAGCUGCCACCAAAGAAGCCAUAUCUUUGGCCGAGAAGCAAAAGAGUUUACUACCCAAAUGGCAGGAAUUGAGAAAUCAAAAGAAAUUAGAAAUUGAAAAAGAAAUAUCGGCAAAGGAAAGGAUAGAGAAUAUUGAAAAUAUAAGAAACGAAAUUGCUACGAAAAAAGAUUUACUUUGGUUCUUCGACCAAGAGGAUAAACUUGACUUGGAAAUCUACAAUAAGCGUGUCUUCUAUCCAAAGAGAUGGUUUGGCAAAAAGAAGAAGCCCCGUGUUGUAGACGAAGACUAUGUACCACCCCAAAUAAGAAAAAUAAACUAAAUUUUGUUCUCUUAAACAUUGUAUGUUUGUAUUUAAAAAUAUAAAAUUGUUUUUAUUAAAUUUUCA